ACGUAAACAAAUUCACGGCAACACGUGCAUUUAGUUCGUUCUCGUUUUAUUAAUUAAAAACAGCCAUAAUAAUGGAAUUAUUUACAGUAAACAGAUAUACGGAGGAUUUAAAGCAACCGAAAGAUGGAAUCAAAGACAGCGCCAAUAACGAAGAUGAAAUACUGCAGAAAUUGCUACAAAAGGCUGCAAAACGCAAGAGGAAAUCCAAAGAAAGCCAAGUUAUAGAAGCACCCGUCCCUGAAGAAGUAAUACCACAUGAAGAUGAGCCAGAAACCAAGGAGGAGCAGGUGGAACUACCCCAAACAUCCGAAGAAACAGUUGAGAAACAGGAUGUGCCCUCCAAUGAGUUUCAAGUUCUUGGAGACGAUGGCUCGGCGGCCAAGAAAAGGAAGGUGGAGAUGCAGCUGCCAAGUUGGCUGGCUCAUCCCACUAUCAUCGAAGGUGGAAGCCUGCAGCCAGAGGAGGAGAUACCAGCUUCAGAGGCCAUUGACCAGCUGGACUACUUGGACAAAUCAACCUGCCUGGCUCUCAAACAGAUGAAGAUUAAUCGCCUUUUUCCUGUCCAACGGCAAGUCAUCCCCUGGGUUCUAGAGGCUCAUGCCAAGCCAUCGCCCUUUCGUCCCAGAGAUAUUUGUGUAUCUGCUCCCACGGGCAGUGGAAAAACUCUGGCCUUUGCCAUUCCAAUCGUCCAGUUGCUGUCGCAACGUGUGGAGUGCAAGGUUCGUGCUUUAGUGGUUCUACCUGUUGCAGAGUUGGCUCUGCAGGUCUACCGGGUCAUAAGUUCGCUGUGCAGCAAAACUGAGUUGGAGGUUUGCCUGUUGUCCAAGCAGCACAAACUGGAGGACGAGCAGGAUAAGCUUGUGGAGCUGUACAAAGGCAAAUACUACUCUAAGGUGGACAUUGUGGUGACCACACCAGGUCGCCUGGUGGACCACCUGCAUGCCACCAAGGGUUUUUGCCUAAAGAACCUUAAAUUUCUGAUAAUUGACGAGGCCGAUCGGAUAAUGGAUGCAGUCUUCCAGAACUGGCUUUAUCACUUGGACGGACAUGUGAAAGAGACCACAAAUCAGUUGCUGGCCGGGACUCAAGCCCCUCUCUGCUAUGCGGAACUUCAGGCCAACUUUGGCAAGCAGCCGCACAAGCUUCUGUUCUCGGCCACCCUAUCCCAGGAUCCGGAAAAGUUGCAAAAUCUACGGCUCUUCCAGCCGCGUCUGUUUACCACCGUGUUUACCAUGCCCGUAAUGAAGGAUGUAACUGAAGAAAACGCUGAUCCCGAAACGAAUUCAGAUCUCGGUCAAUUUGUGGGAAAAUACACAACGCCCGCUGAGUUAACUGAACAAUUCUGUGUAACGGAGUUGCGUCUGAAACCGCUGACACUAUUCGCUUUGGUGGAAAAGUAUCAAUGGAAGCGGUUCCUCUGCUUCACCAACAGCACUGAUCAGGCCAGUCGCCUUACUCAUGUUAUGGAAACGCUCUUCAGCGAGACGCCCAUUAAAGUGGCCGAGUUGUCGGGUAAUCUCUCCGCUCUGGUUCGAAGCAAUACCCUUAAAAAUUUUGCCAAUGGUAAGCUAAAUGGACUGAUAUGCUCAGAUGCCCUGGCGCGUGGUAUCGAUGUGGCGGAUAUUGAUGUGGUCCUGUCCUACGAGGCGCCGCGCCACAUUAAGACCCACAUCCAUCGAGUGGGCAGAACGGCCCGAGCAGGACGAAAGGGUACGGCAGUUACCCUGCUCACCGAACAAGAUCAGGUGGCAUUCAAGAAAAUGCUCACUGAUGUGGGCAAAGCACUGGGCGAAGAGAUCCACGUUUCUCCAGACAUUGAGGUGCAGCAUGCAGUUAACUAUAAAAAGGCAUUGGACAAUCUGCGUUUGCGCCAGCAGACUCAGAAGAUCCAGAAGGCAGUGCAAAAGAAACGUGUAGCAAAUCAGGCACUAGCUCAUAAAAAAAAGCUGGCCAGUGCCACCGAUCGUCCACUGACGCUGAUGGAAAAGCUGCAGCUCAAGGCAGGCGCAGCUCAAACGGUGGAAGCAUCCAAAAUACAAAAGACAAAACCCAACAAACCGAAAUCCGUGCAGAGAGAAACCAAGAAACAACAAAUCGCCAAAAACCGAAAGGCCAUCGAGAAUUAAUAUUUGGGAAUACCAUGUGGAAUACGUUGUUUAUUUUAGUUUAUUGUAAUAUAAUAAUGUAAAUAACCAACAAAAUGUUUUUUUGUAUAGCGUGUGUCGUGGUUCGGGGUCUCCGGGAGCAAUUUCUUAUCUCUGGGGGCGCAAGUGAUUCCCCAGCAGGUUCUUCACCGCAAUCGGUGUUUGCUUACCCUGUAUGAAAGUAUUUGGGUUGACGC